AUGAAGAUUUUAUAUGUUUGUUUAUUAAUUAUUACAUUGUUUACUAUGACUAUUCAAUAUAAUUAUCAAACAUAUCCAAAUAAUUAUCGUAGACAAUUAAAUAAUCAAUAUAGCCCUAGCAACCAUUAUUAUUAUUAUAAUAAUUACGAUAAUGAUAAUAAUAAUAAGGGUAAACGUUAUGAUGGUAAUAAUAAUAAUAAUAAUAAUAACCAUUACUAUUAUGGUCACAAUCGUAGAAAACAUGGUAAUUAUUAUCCAUCUAAAAGAUAUACUAAUAAAAAACCUAAAAAAAUGCAUCUUACAAGAAAAUAUCUUAUGGAAGGUGAAGCUAAACAUAUUCAUCAAAAACAUGGUGAAAAACAUAUAAAAUCAGUUGGUGAAUUAUUUGGUUUUACUGAUACAUAUCAAGGAUCUGAUUAUACAUUAACAACAACAUUUCAUAAAGGUAGUUUAUCAACAAAAUAUGGUAAACCAAAAUAUUUUUCUACAUAUGAUACAGAAGGACAAAUUAAACAUUAUAAAAAUACACAUGGUCGUGCUAAAUUUAAUCUUAAUUCCAAAUUACAUGGUCAUGAAAAAUAUAAAGAUUUGAAAGAAAUGAAAGCCAAUAUAACAUUUGAAAAUAAUGAUGAUACAACAGAUGAUGAAUCGAAUUAUUCACCAACUAAUCAUCCAUAUGGAAAAUUAGAAGAAUUCCAAUAUAUCAAUAUGUUUUUUAAAGACAAUAUUAAUACUAAUGGUAAUAAUAAUACAAUAGGAAUAAUAAUAUAUAUUGCUUUAAUGAAUUCAAUUUAUACACAUUCUAAUCAUUAUUAUAAUGGACUUUUAGAACAUUCUAAAAGAAAUUCAUACGAUGCUAUAAACUUUCCAUUGAAAACAAUUCAUGGACGUAAAUAUGAUAUGGAAGAUGGAGCUGGAUUUGUACCAGAUAAUUAUGGUAAUCAUGAUAACCACGAUGAUCAAGAUUAUGAUUCAUAUCAUAGUAAUAAUUAUGAUGAUGGUGAAGAGCAUAAUUAUGGUCAUGUUAAUUUAGCAGAACAAUCAAUGAAUAAAUUAAAAGAGUUAAAACGUCGUAAAUACAAUGAAUAUUAUAAAAGUAAUGAUGAAGAAGAAGAGGGAGAAUAUGGCAAACAUGAUGAUGAUAAACCACAUGAAUAUCUAAAUGAAGAAUCACCACAACGAUCAACUGAAGCGCCGAGAAGAACUACAACCAGGCCAAAUUCGUUGGCAGAGUGA